GCCUGGCCUUUUUCGAAUAUUUCAAAGUCAAAACUGAUUUUUUGACAGAGGACCCCAAGAAAUGGUCCGAAAAUAAAGACUUUUUGAAACUUCAAAGUUUUGAGUAUGAAGGUAGUAAACGACACGGCAGAGAGAGGGGUUAAGUUAAUUCAAGAUUUCAAUAGUAUUCUUACAAAAGAUGAGGAGCAAAAACAAUUCCUGCUUCAGGUGGUAGCGGAUUGUCGUCGGCUUUACCCUGAUACUUCCAAAAGUACCCUUUCUCUACCCUUAUCUGAUGAAUGAUAUUGGAAAUAAUAAUAUAUAAAUAAAUUGAUAAAUUUUUUAUAAUUUUUGUUUUUAGUAUGAAUUUUCUUUUCCAUAUGUUUAUUUUUUAAUUAGAUUUGUUCCCAUCGUCUUAUCUUUUUGUUAAAUAUUGUACCAAUUAAUGUACGAAAACUGAAAAUACAAUAUAUAACUAAAAGAUUUUACUAAUUUCUAGCUUUUUCUAUUAUAAUAAAAUAAAGGACUUCAGUGUCUGCAUUGUUUAUGGUUAAGGUAAGGAUAGUUUCAAAAAUCGUGGAGAACCUCGAUUGUUACUGCGAAGAACUAUACUAAGGCAUUUGACACGAACUUAGUCCAUUAAAUGUUAAAUAUCUUCCAAACCAUGCAUUUCUAAAGAAAAUGUAUUCCAAUAGACUUUAAUUUCAACAAAAUUACCUUUCAUUUGAUAAUAAAUUUAUUGUAAUAGGUGGAAUCAGUCAUAAGUUAAAGUCGAAAAAUAACGCUUUUUCGCGAAAAAUGGCAAUUUUGUCAAACUUCAAUGCCUUUUCGGCACGGGAAGGCAAAAUCCGAUUGAGUUGAAACUGUCAUAAUUGUAUUUUUUACACUAAAUGGCACAUUUCUAGAAGUGAGCUUUUCCAAAAAUUUAAAUUUUAUUUUGAAAAACCACCCUAGUACACAUGCACACCAACACCCAUCACACCAUCCGAUUCAGCACCAACGAGAACCAGGAAGGUUAUCGGUCCAGAUCGACUCAGCUCAGUUCGUUUGCGACCUUAAUAGCGUAUAACCAGUGUAAAUCGUUUGGUUUUUUGAUUGAAAAUAAACGGCUGUUUGGUAUCUACCGAUACUCACCCUCACGGAUAAACUAGGUAGCAUUUCCUUCCGCGACUUUAUUUUGUGAUUUCAAAACCCCAAAAGGUGAGUGCACAAAAUUUACAUUUGGUCCUUCGAGCCUUCAAGUAUUUACUUGCUAAUUAUUCUGGCAAUACCGCUUCGGCUUAGUAACUGUGAAAGGGAUACUUGCAAAUGCAAUACCGCUGCAGAUUAUUCAGCCGUGAGAGGGAUAAUUGCAAAUUAUACGGACAAUAGCGCUUCAGCUUAUUAAGCUGUGAGAGGGAUUGCUUCCAAAGAAGUAAGCAAAGGCAGAAAGAAGAAUAAAAGAUAAAAAGAACAAAUGCAUAUAUACAUAUAUACAUAUCCGCAAACGAAAUAUACAUAUAUAACCAAAAUUUAAUAAAUACAUACACAUAUAUAAUUAUAUACAGUAGCGCUUUUAGCGCAUAUUUCUAACCGCGAAUACAUAAACGCGAAAUAUUAUACAAGUAUAUUGCCGAAAACUUUCAAAUGUUGUAUACCUAUAAACAUAGGAUACAAGCAAUUAAAUAAACUGUUCGAAAAAUAAACAUUGGUUGAAAAAAUUAAAUAUUGCAAACUAAGCACCUUUGUACAUACAUUCAAAUAUUAAAAGUCCAAUUUGGCGGUUUCCGAGCAUUUUCUUGUUCCUUGUCAAACAAGAACAAGCAUAAGUGCAAAUAUUUCAUUUAACGCAUAUUAUAUGCACAUAACAUCCACACGUAUGUACAAAGGGUAGUGACCUAGUGUUCAGUGCGCGCUGAUACAAGGACAUACGGAUAAAACGAUAAAAAUACGCGAGCAAUAAAAGCGAUAACGCAUUCUUAAAUUCUUUUUCUGAAAUAACAGCUCUUAUUUAUUGAAAAGAGCUUUCGGUUACAUAUAUACUACAUUUUACUAAUUCAAUUGUUACAACUCUUAUUUGUUGAAAACAGUUUCGGCACCACAUUCUCUAUUAUAAUAAAAUAUACAUAUAUAUUUUAUUGAUUCAAAUUUUCUGAAGAAGCACAGAUUCAAAAGAAUCUAAAGUAGAAUUCUUAAGAAUUCCAAAAAUGAUUACUGAUGACAGAAGUCCAUGUACACCUGCAGAAGCUACACGCAUACAUACAUUCAAAUAGGACAACUCUGAAUCGGUACUAGAAAUAAAAAAUAAAGCUAUUGACAAUUUUUGGACACGCCUCCAAGCUGCAUACGACGCAAUAGUAGAAACUGAUGAUUCAGAUCUACCUGAAAAUUUCAAAUCUUCGGCUUACGUCAAAUACGAAAAUUGCUUAGACCGUCAAUGAUAUCAGAUUAAUUAAAACUUAUUAAGUCAAAGUGUUCAAAGAGUACGGACGUGUUAUUUAACUCGCUCCGUGAAUUCAAUCUUUACAAAAAAAAAAAUUAAUCAUAAAACCAAUCAAAAAGUAAAACAAAAAAAAAAAAACAAUUUAUAAAUUGUAAACAAACAUUUAAAACAGUGCACACAAAUUAAUAAUAAUAAACAUAAACAAUUAGUGCACGAAUCAACAAGUGAGAACAAAAAACAAAAAAAUCAAACAAACAAUAAAGAGUGCUUAGCAGCCUCAUCAGCAAGGCCGUAGGCAUUCCUUAAAUGUGUAUUUCAGGUUUGUCGACCCAACAACAACCACAACUACUGGAAAUAAAAAGUGUAAUGGCGAUGAUGAGUCAUUGCGGCGAUCAGCUGAAAAGGUAUCGAAGCAAAGAACGCAGUCAGCAGUAGCAGCCGAAAACAACAAUCGAGCAACAACAAAUGCCCUGACACCAACCAGCCUGCAGGUACCAACAAACGCGCAGGGAACGAAGAAAAUCACAAGGCAAGGUGAGAGUGUACCAACAAAAAAAGGCCCGUCUGUACAAACAGGCGUUGACCGCUACGUCAAUAUAAAAAGGAAAUUAAGUCCUUCUAAAUCAGCGGUCAAUCCUAAAAAAUUUCAAGGCAGCACACCAAAUAAAAAUAAAACGGAAGUUUUAAAUGGCAACAGAUUUGCCAUACUAAGCAAUGGUUCAGACGACGAUGCGAAGGGUACCACCACAGUCGUUAAUGCCAAACCACCUCCGAUAUAUUUGCGCGAGCGCACAGUGUAUCGUUUAAUACAAGCUAGGGGGACAAAAAUAUUUUAGUUUGAAAUUGAAUUGUUUUGGUCGUGUUGAUUAAUGAUUUUAAGUUUCAUUGAAAAAAUAAUAUAUUUUUUUUAGAUUUACGAAUAGAAAACAAAAAAUUGUGUAAAAAAUAUAUUUAAUUAUUUUUUUAAAUUUCAGAACAUACAAUAGCAUUUACUUGAAUGUAUAAAAUUCGUACUAAUACAUAAGUCCAUUACAUUUCAACUAAUGAAAAACGCGAUGAUUAGUAACGGAUUUUUUACCAACAGACCGAACAAUAACAGUAUCGUAAAAAUAACAAUAACACACAACAACAAAAUGUUUAAUACUACUAUAUUAUUACUCAUUGAAUGACUCAUCAUCACUGUUAGAUUCAUCUGAAACAGAUACUAAAUAAUCUUUAUCGUCAUGGUCACAUGGUACCUGACGUGGUACUUUUGAUGGUAUUGAACGCGGGACAAUUAAAUUUAGAACUUCCUCCGGUAAUUUAUCUGUUUUCUUUCUAGGAACUUCUCUGAGUGAGUUGAUUACCGGAUCGGAUGUUAUUAAAAGCAUAUGUAGUAAAUCUACAUUCGUGGCUAUACGUGACUGCUUUCUGGUGUGAUGUUCGCGAAAUCUACGGUAGUCCUUAUUACGGGCCUCUUGAGAUUCCUCCGAAAGUUUCCCGAUUGGAAGAACAUAAGUUCUAAUUACUUCCGUACUAUGUACCAGGAUUUUGUGCACGGUGACUGGCAUAUAGUACCACGAAUAUAAAUUAAGAUAAAGGGUUCUUGUUUUGGAACAAAGAUUUUCGAAUUUAUUGCAAUCAAUGUCGUAGCCGGAGGAUAGCGUUCUCAAUAAAAUGCUAAAAUUUUUAAUUAGCUUAAUAUCCAAUCCGGUAAUCUACCCACUCAGUUCCGGAUUCAUAAAGAACCUGCGGGCCAUAUUUCCAUCAUUACAGUUCCCAUAUCCAGGUUUCGUUGUGUCUACUAUAAGUUCCAUCUGGUUUUUAAACUUUUGUCUUACUUCUUCCGAACGCUGUUUUACACUAGCCUUUUCUGUAUCGCUUUUAGAUUGCCACUUUUUUAUGUCCAAACGAUAACAAAUGUGUAACCUAUAUUCAAAGGAAUGAAUCCAGGCGUGCAAAGUAGACAAACUGAAACUAUAAUGUUCUUUUUCAACUACUACGUCUUUUAAGUCGCCAUUCAUCAGUUUGGGCGUAGCACCACAGAUAUAACAUUUUUGUGAAGAAAGUGUACCAGUCAAAGCAUUACAUACUUUUCCGUCUGCCAUUGUAAGUAAAAGAUUAUGUUUUACCGAAAUUUGAGAACCGCGAUUAUCACAAAGUGUUGGAAGAAGUUGAGAUACUUCUUCCAAAACCUUAUUAGUUUCUGAUGUAGUUAAAUUAGUUGUUUCCUUUGAAAAAAUAAGCAUAAUUGGGCGACAAUAGAGUGUGGACGAAGGCCGCGGAUUUUUCCAUAAAAUGUUUUGACUGGCAUCGUCACUCAAUCUCAACGGAACAAUAGCAAAAAUAAACGAGUACCAGUAGCAUCGCAGUUCUCAAAUUUCUGUUUAUAAGCGCUAUGGCCGGAGCUUCCGUCACAUCCCCAUUUGCUGAUUAGUGUGAAUGACGACUUAGAAGAUAUAAUUUCUUUGAAAACUUCACUUUGCGCUUCAAUUAAACGUUUAGCGGUUUUAUCCAAAAUGGCUUGAAGUUUAAUUUCGGCGCGCGUUUCUGUUACCAAGAUAUGCUCAUCUGCAGGGUAACAGGGUUGUGCACUUAGAAUCCACAUAAUAAGCUAAUGCCUCAUCACUUGUCAAUUGCCUGCCUUCGCAUGUAGUAUCACCAGACUUCUUUUUUUUGUAGAUUUCAAACUUUCUUUAAUCGAAGUAGCUAUGUUUCUAUUACCCUCCAAGCGAUUGGCUACUUCAGCGGCUACGGUCAACUCGAUGACAACGUUCAAUCAUCAUAUUUGCUUCAGUCCAUUUUUUCGAAAAUUUUUACGAAAUACUCGAAAUUUUUUACUUUAUCUCCUUCUGUGUAUCAGGCGUUACAUUUGUAGCACUAAAUUUUGUCAAAACAUAAUUAACUAACUGGGAAUUUCGUUCUAUUCUACAUUUUCGUCAUUCUUCAAAUAACUCCAUUUUUGAAAUAGAGCAAACUCGAUCUGGAAAAAAAAUAAUUAAAAAUUAUGGGGAAAAAUGGGGUACUCGACCAAUGGUCACUGUAUAGCUUAAGGUUGCCGUUAUACAAUAUUCAAACAUUAGCUUGGAUAUAUGUGGAUAAAAAAAGUUGCAUACGUUUAAAACUUGAAAAUAAAAAGAACACAAACAUUUUUAUAUGAGUUUUCAAGACCCUGUACAACGUAAUAGCUAAACGCAAACCAUGUAUUAAAUUGCAUUAAAUAUACAUACAUACCUUCUAAAUUAUAUUCCAUUUCAUUAACAGUCGUGUUUUCCUCUCCAAACCUUGCUAAAUCACUAUUUAUAUUGUAUUUUUUAUUUAAAUUGAAAACAUAAAAAUGAUAACACCGAUCACUUCGAUUAAACUUGUUGUAGCUAACCGUAUUAGAAUAUUUUGCGUAAUUCUUACUUAAAAUUGUGGCUUAUCAAGGGUUGUUAUAAUCAAAGUACUGCCAAUUAUUUGAUUUUUUACAUUGACUUUUGUCCGCCUACUAUGAUCCAGACGAAUCACUGUGGAGCGUAGCAGUAAUACUCUUGUUGCGAAUUUAAGUGAAAUUGUUGGCACUAACAAUUUUCAUAUAGUGCCUUUGAAAAAAGGCAAUAUAGACGAAACAAAAAUUCAGUCCUACACUAAAAAAAGUUUCAUGGAAAUCGUUAAAUUUUUGUCGAAUAAAAACAAAACUUAUUAUUCGUAUCAACUGAAGAGCUCUAAGGGCCUAGUUGUUGUAAUCAAGGGUAUAGAGUCCGCCGUAGACUCUAGUGAAGUGAAAGAAGCAUUGGAGGAAUGUGGUUUUGGAAUUAAAACCGUUGUAAAUAUAUUUAAUAGAAACAAAGUACCACAGCCAAUGUUUAAAAUUGAAUUGUUACCGAAUUCGAAUCAACUAAAAAAAAAUGAGACCCAUCCUAUAUACAAUCUGAAAUAUUUGCUGCAUCGCAGAGUAACUGUGGAAGAACCACAUAAAAGAAACGGUCCGGUACAAUGUACUAACUGCCAAGAAUAUGGGCAUACUAAAACAUAUUGCACUCUACGCAGUGUUUGUGUGGUAUGUGGUGAUUUACAUCCCACUUCGAAAUGCACCCUUAAGAAAGAAGAAUUAAAUAAAAAAUGCAGCAAUUGUGGAGGAAAUCACACUGCUAACUACAGGGGUUGUCCUGUAUAUAAAGAUUUGAAAUCGAAGUUUUCACAGGGCAUUCAAGCACGUCGUAACCAAAUGUUACAAACACCCCGUAAUGAAAUUAUAGUAACCUCAGAGAAAAGUUCAAAUCCUAUUACUUCUAUCAAUAAUAAUAUGCAAGGAAGCUAUGCAAAUGUGGUGAAAGGCAACACUGUGCAAAUGCAACUGCCGCAAAAUCCUCCAAAUUGAGGUAUUGAAACUAUGAUUAUAAAUCUUACACAGUGUAUGACACAAUUUAUGUCUACCAUGCAAAAUAUGAUCCAAAAUUUAAUAAAAUCACAAAAUCAAAUGCUGCAAAAUUUAUUAAGUAAAAAAUGAGCUUACUAAAUAUCUGUAUAUGGAAUGCCAACGGUGUUAACCAACAUAAAUUAGAGAUUAUCAGAUUUCUGUCUGAAAAGAAUAUUGAUGUAAUGCUUAUAUCAGAAACUCAUUUAACAAAUAAAAAUAAUUUCAAUAUUCCGGGAUUUAGAGUCUAUGUCACAAAUCAUCCGGAUGGAAAAGCGCAUGGUGGCACGGCAGUGUUGAUUAGAAAUCGUUUAAACCACUAUGCCCCAAAAUCGCAUGCUACUCCACAGUUACAAGCUACAACAAUUUCACUCAAAAAUCGAGGUAGUGACUUAAGCCUUACUGCUAUAUACUGUCCACCUCGUUUUAAAAUUACAGAAAUCGAAUUUAAAGACUUUUUUGGAACACUAGGUCAAAAAUUUCUAGCAGGUGGAGAUUACAACGCAAAACACACGUAUUGGGGCUCACGUCUUAUUAAUCCGAAAGGACGACAGUUGUACUACACUAUUAUGAAUAAGCAUAAUAAGCUGGAUAUAAUAUCUCCUGGUAAGCCGACAUACUGGCCCAGUGAUAGAAGAAAAAUACCAGACUUAAUAGAUUUUGCUGUAGUCAAAAAUAUAGAUAGAUUGCUUAUGACAGCUGAUACAUGUACUAAUAAAGUUAUAUGAACAGCCCAUGAUAUUUGAGCCAAAAGUUUCCCCAACAUCACAUAAAACUAACUGGUUGAAAUAUAGAAAGUAUAUCAGCACCCACAUCAAUAUUGAUUGCAAAGUAAAUACAGGAAGAGACAUUGAUGAAAAUAUAAGAGAAAUUAAUAACGUAAUAACUAAUGCAGCUGUAUUGUCAACACCAAAAAGAAACAACAAACCAGCUGGUUUUACAAAGAUCACCAAUAAUGAAAUAGAGAAACUUGUAAAUUAGAAAAGGCGAGCUAGGCGGGAAUGGCAGUUAAAUCGAUCCCCUUCAACCCUGCUUCAACUGAAAUCUGCUGUACGAAAUUUAAAAAAUGCGCUUAAAUACGAAGAGGAACACAACCCUGAAAAUUAUAUAAAGAAACUGUGUCCAAAUUCUCGCAAGCAAAACUCUCUUUGGAAAGCGCAAAAGUCUUUCAAGCCACCAAUAGAUUCCAACAUGCCUCUAAGACAGUUGAAUGGUAAUUGGGCAUGUAGUGAUGAGGAUAAGGCAAAUUGCUUUGCAAAUCACCUAGAAAAGGUAUUUCAACCCAAUUGUCCAUAGAACAACUUUGAGUUGCCAACCUUGCCCAAUACCGCAAAAGAGUCGCAUGUGUCUAUUAGGACUUCUACUGCUGAGGUUACUAGAAUAAUAAAAGAGCUUAACCCCAAAAAAUCACCUGGACAUGAUAAUAUUACCCCAAAAAUGCUAAUUGAGUUACCAAAUAUUGCCGUAAAGGUGCUCUCUUUGCUUUUCAAUGCAAUUCUUAAUCUCGGACACUAUCAAAAUUCAUGGACAAAGUCGCAGAUCAUCUUGAUAGACAAACCUGGGAAAGACUUAACACAGCCGUCUUCAUACAGACCAAUCAGUCUUCUACCCUGUCUUUCUAAAAAAUUUAAAAAUUGUUUCUAUCAAAGAUGACUCCUUUCCUCCACGAAAAUAAUAUAAUACCAACGCACCAAUUUGGGUUUCGUGAAAAACAUAGCACGAUUGAGCAAGUAAAUAGAAUUACUAACGAAAUAAGAAAAGCAUUUGAGCACAGAGACUAUUGUUCAGCUAUAUUUCUAGACGUGGCUCAGGCGUUUGAUAAGGUAUGGCAUGAGGGCCUUUUAUACAAGAUUAAAAAUAUUCUACCUUCAGAAUUAUAUAAAACAUUGGAAUCGUAUUUAAAAAAUAGAAAAUUUAUGGUAAAAGUGGGAGAUUUCAUAUCUGAUGAAAGACAGAUAAGGGCUGGUGUACCCCAGGGCAGUGUUCUAGGCCCAACUCUAUACAUCAUAUAUACAGCAGAUCUUCCAACAGCUAACAAUGUAUUAACUUCUUCUUUUGCGGACGACACAGCUAUAGUGAGCCGUAACAAAUGCCACAUAGUAGCAUCAAGAAUAUUAGCCGAGCACUUAAAGUUUGUCGAAGAAUGACUAGCUAACUGGCGUAUAAAGGUAAAUGAACAAAAGUGUAAGCAUGUUACAUUUUCGCUUAGACCAAAAAUAUGUCCGGCAAUAAAAAUUAACAAUAUUUUAGUAUUCCCAGCGAAUGAAGUAACCUAUCUUGGUAUUCACCUAGAUAGAAGACUUACGUGGAAAAAACAUAUAUCUAGUAAAAUAACUUGCAUGAAGAUAUGAGCUGCAAUUUUAAAUUGGCUAUUAAAUAAAAACUCGAAACUUAGCCUAGACAACAAAGUGCUUUUAUAUAAUGCGGUCAUAAAGCCGAUUUGGAUGUAUGGCAUUCAACUGUGGGGUACGACCUGUGCAACUAAUAUAGACAUAAUACAAAGGUUCCAAUCAAAAAUGCUUAGAUCAAUCACGUGUUCACCAUGGUACAUGCGUAAUGAAAAUAUCCAUUAAGACCUUGGUAUUUCUAUGGUAAGGAAAGAAGUAGAAGACAGCAGAAUUAAAUAUAUAUGUAAACUCCAUGAUCACCCAAACCCUUUGGCUAAUGCUUUGGUACAUUCCUGCAAUCAAACACGCCUUAAAAGAAGAGAUAUGCCCGCGUACUGAGGAGCAAUGUAUCACCAAAACAGCUCAAUCAUUUGCUUGAGUGUGUCUAGUUUUUAAAUAGGUUUAAGAUUUUAUUACUUAUUGUUAGGCUUUCAAAACAAAAAGCAGAUUCAAUAAAUAAAAAGAUAUUGAAACAAAAAAAAAAAAUUACGAAAAUUGCUUAGACCGCUAUGAAGACACAAAAGCAAUGAUAUCAGAUCAAUUAAAACUUAUUAAGUCAAUUUCACCUACUCCCCACAGUAGAGUAGAGUUACGACAAUUGCAAGCCCAAGAGGCAAGUUCAGGCAUUCAUCUCAAAGUGCCAGCGUGUGAUACGGAAAUAUUUCAUGGAGGUUAUGAACAAUGGCCGUCCUUCCUGGACAUGUUUACAGCCGUGUACAUAAACCAUCCAAAAUUAUCACAAGCGUCUAAACUGUAUCACCUCCGAUACAAAACUAAAGGUCAAGCAGGCGUAAUAGUCAAGCAGUUCGUAUUGAAUGACGACAAUUUUAAUUUAGCUUGGGAAGCUUUAAGACAAAGAUAUGAAAAUGAGAGAAUAUUAGUGGCAGCAGAGGAAAGAUUUCUUAACUACCCAAUACGAAAUUGCGGAAAGGGUAGACAAAAAAGUAGUCAGAACUAAAAACGUUCAACAAGACCUAAAUCGAAGCUUCAAUAGACCCCAAGCUAGUAACAACCACAAUUUAAACAGAAGCUUCUUUAAAAAUCAAACGUUCACAUCCGAACAAUAUAAACAAACGUCGUGCGAACUGUGUAAAGGAGGGCACAAGCUGAAAGCUUGCGAAAAGUUUAAAAAACUUAAUAUCAAUGAAAGGAACAACUUUGUCAGAGCAAAAAGACUCUGUACAAACUGUUUGUCCCACUCACAUAAUCUCAAUAAUUGCGAAAGCAAAUUCAAUUGCGUAUAUUGCCACAAGAGGCAUCAUUCAAUGUUGCAUUUCAAUAACUUUCCUAGCACACCCCAAAGUAGCGCUUUCUCCAAAAGAGCCACGGGUUUAGUUGCAACCGCAACUCACGAAACACAAAAUCCCGAAAUUUGCCAAGAGACACCAUGUUGCUCAAAGGCUUUAAAAACACAAACGCUCCACAACGAAAAUCAUAGUAGAGUACUACUACCCACAGCAGUUGUCUCCAUCGAACAUCGAGGAGAACUGUUCAAACUAAGAGCCCUAAUAGACCAAGGUUCGCAACGAUCAUUCAUAGCGUCUAGGGCACAAAAUAGGCUAAAACUGCCAACAAAACAUGCCAACUAUGAAAUUACGGGAAUCGGCGGACGAGUAGUACAAAACUCAAGUAAAAUCCGCCCCAUUACCCUAAUUUCCCCCAAAGCGGAUAAGCGCAUUCAAGCAAAUGCUAUUGUCUUACCGCAACUAACAAACAUGCUUCCAAGCUAUCAAAUAAAUAGCAAGCAUUGGGAUAAAAUUUCACACCUGACACUGGCAGAUCCCAACUGCAACACGCCAGCUCAGAUAGACAUCCUAAUAGGCAGCGACCUUAUACCGCAAAUCAUAUUAGAAGGUGUUGAAAAAAUUUCGAAAACACUACUGGCGCAAAAUACCAUUUUCGGAUGGGUCCUAAGUGGACUAGUUGCGGAACCAGUCACAGCCAUGACAACUCAAGUUGAGGAAAUCUCAAACGAGUACCUCAAUUCACAAUUGAGAAAAUUUUGGGAGGUAGAAGAACUCUCCCCCAUCCCAAUUACAACACCUGAAGAUCAGUAUUGUGAAGACUUUUACAAAGCCACAACUACUCGAUCAGAUAAUGGUCGGUAUGUCGUACGACUACCACUAAAGCAACAAUUUCCAGACACACUCGCCUUAGGUCACUCUCGCACCUCUGCAGUACAGCAGUUUCUAAGUAUGGAGAAAAAUAUUCUUAGAGAAGGUGAGCUUAAACAAGUUUAUGAUGGUGUCGUGGAAGAAUUCCUUCAUUUAGAUCACAUGGAGGAAGUAAGCCCAUGUGAAAAAAUCAUAAGAGGCAAAUUUUUCUCUUUCUACUUGCCACAUCAUGCAGUAGUAAAGCCUGAGAAGAAAACAACAAAAGUUCGAGUUGUCUUCAAUGCAUCACGAUCCACGAGCGAUUCCCUAAAUGAUAUUCUAUUUACGGGACCCACACUCCAACUAGAUUUAAUGCUCCUCAUAUUGAACUGGCGUAUAUACAAAUACGUAUUCAAUGGGGAUGUUGAAAAGAUGUAUCGACAAAUACUGGUUCAUAAAGAUGAUCAAGAUUUUCAGUGGAUUAUUUUCCGAAAAUCUGCCAAUAGUCCACUACGCGACUUUAAAUUGAAAACAGUUACCUUUGGCGUAAACUGUGCCCCAUAUCUAGCCAUUCGUACACUACACGAACUGGCAGAAGACACAAAACCAGAAUUUCCACUGGCAACACAAGUCUUAAAAACGCAAACUUAUGUAGACGAUAUCCUGUCUGGGAGCCACAGUCUUCCACAAGCAUACGAGACCUUAUCACAGGUAAUAAAUUCCCUCAAUACCGCAGGGUUUCCUUUAAAAAAGAUUACAGUAAAUCACCCACAUAUUUUAAAAAAUAAUCCUAAAGACCAUUUGUUGGAUACUAAUUUCCUUAUACUUGAAAAGUAAAGUACAACAAAAACACUAGGCAUUCAAUGGAAUGCGAUAUCGGACCAGUUUUCAUACACGACUGAGUUCAUAUCCGCAUUAUCCGCUAUUUCAAAACGCCAAAUUCUCUCCUCGGUGGCAAGACUUUUUGACCGCGCAGGAUGGCUUUCGCCAAUUAUGAUACAAGCGAAAAUCCUGAUCCAAGAAUUAUGGCUAGACUGGGACGAACAAGUGAAACCUCGCUUAGAAAAAUGGUUUCAAUUCGCUACUAAUUUGAACGACAUUUCGCAGAUAUGUACAAAUUCCACGGUGGGUAAACUAUUCCCCCGAAUACAAAGUGGAACUACACGGUUUCUGCGACGCCUCUGAAAAGGCAUAUUGUGCUACUAUUUAUGUGCGCACACAAAGCGAUAUUGUAACCACAAGCCACUUACUGGCGGCAAAAGCAAAAGUCGCACCUCUAAAAACGAUAAGUCUACCACGACUUGAACUCUGUGGCGCUCUGCUACUAGCAAAGCUAGCUUCAAUGGUGCAGACCCACUUAAAUAUGGCGAAAUACAGAUUAUAUUUAUGGUGUGAUUCAGAGAUAGUUCUAGCCUGGUUAGAAAAACCACCACAUGCGUGGAAAACUUAUAUUUCUAACCGAACAUCUGAAAUAUUUGACCUAGUAGGAUCAGCCACUUGGCGUCACGUAGCCAGUGCUGACAAUCCUGGUGAUUUAGGUACAAGAGGAUGCAAACCUCUGCAUCUUGCCAUCUCCACCCUCUGGUGGAAUGACCCCCGAUGGUUAACAGAAUCUCCCGAUUCUUGGCCACAAUCACCCAUGCGCAACAUACUUGUCCCAGAAAGUCGUAAAAUCGACACUUAUCAUGCAACACUGGAUGAAACAUUUUCAUCGUUCUCCCGAGCCAUCCGGGUAGUUGCCUAUAUGCUCAAGUUUUUAGAGUGACUUAAACUUAAAGUUAAAGGAGCAACUUAUUUCCAUUGCGAUAAAUUGACGCACCAAGACUUACAAAAAGCACAGGUCGCUCUUGUCGCAUCAACCCAAACGCGCUACUUCAGCCGCGACCUGGGGUUACUAAGAGAAUCGAAGCCAAUUGACAAAAAGAGCUCACUCUUAGUACUAAACCCAUUUAUAGACACGAAAGGUCUGCUUCGUGCAAACAGCCGGCUUGCUAAUUCCAGCCUUACGUAUAACGAACGCCAUCCCAUAAUAAUACCAGAGAAAUCCUCAUUUGCCACCUUAUUCAUCAAUUAUAUUCACAUACUCAUGUUACACGCCGAACAUCGCCUCAUGCAACAUAUGGUACGCCAAGAGUACUAUGUUCCCCGCCUUAAGCCCCAAAUCAAGAAGUGCAUAGACGUGCAAGGUCUGCACUAUGCACAAGCAGAAAAUCAGAACGCAGAUUAUGGCAGCACUUCCACCGGAACGCUGCAAUUUCGCUCUGCCUUUCACCACAACAGGUGUCGACUUUGCUGGGCCUUUUCAAAUAAAGGCGUCCAUGCUAAGGUCUCCCACCCUGAUGAAAGGCUAUGUGGCUGUCUUUGUCUGUUUUACGACAAAAGCAGUACAUCUUGAGCUAUGUACCAAUCUGACAAAGGAGGUUUUUCUGGCGGCGUUUGCUCGCUUCGUCGGAAGACGUGUCUUUCCAUCCAAACUCUUGAGCGAUAAUGGCAAAACAUUCAUUGGAGCUCAACGAGCCACAGAGAAACAGUUUGUCGAUUUCUUUAAACAAGUAUCACCUGACAUCGUACAAAAGUACGCACCCCAAGGUAUCAAUUAGCAGUUUAUCCCCCCAAGCGCUCCACAUAUGGGUGGCUUAUGGGAAUCUGUCGUAAACAGCUUCAAAUCUCAUUUUAAAAAGAUAGCUGGCAACCACAAAUUUAGUUACGAAGAAUUCACGACCCUCUUAAUUAGAAUUGAAGCCGUUCUUAAUUCAUGGCCUUUCGCUGCACUCUCGCAAGAUCCCGCAGACUUUACUGCCCUCACGCCAGCGCAUUUUCUGAAAGGAGCGCCCAUUCUGGCCACACCUGAGCCAGGCGUGGAGUCGCUUUCCUUAUUAAACCGUAGGGAAAGAGUUAAAAUUCUCCAUUAUGACUUCAGUCGUCGAUGGAAAGAUGAUUAUUUAAAGGACCUCCACAGAAGGUACCAAUGGAAAAUCACAGAAAAUGCGCUUAAGCUUGGAGAUUGUGUCUUAAACAAUGACGAUUGUCUCCCCCUACCGAAUGGCGUCUUGGCCGCAUAGAGAAGCUCUACUACGGCUCCGACGGUCAUAUUCGCGUAGUCGAUCUCCGUACACAAACGGGAACGCUAACCAGGCCGCCCGUUAAGCUAUGCUUUUUGCCAACCGCGGAUAAAACCGAAAAGUAAACCGCAAAUAACGUAACCGUAAUUAAUAAACAAAGAAACGAAAAAUAAGUAAUGACAAAAAUGCUCCAGCAUCACCGUAAUCAAGAAAAGGGAGUCGAUCCACAUGACGACUCACUCGUGCUACAUUUCGUGGCACCAAUGCCCAUAUGAAUAUAUAUAUGUAUAUGCUAAUUAAAAUAAAA